UCGGGCCCCGCCCACUCCGGCCUGGGGUCGGAGCCGCGGCGAGCGCCAGCCCAGUCCGAGCGGCCGCGGCCCCUUUAAGGAGCCGCUCUGCGGUAACCCGAGCCCGCAGUCCGGGCGGGCGCGGCGGCGGCGGCGACGGCGAAGGCGCGAGCCUCGGCGACAGCUCCUCCAGGCUUUCCCCGGCUUCCCGCGAGCAUCUCGCGCGUGGCUCCGGCCGGCGCAGCCCUCGGGCCGGGCUGGAGGACCCGGCGCCUGUGAGUCCCGCUGCGCUCUCCCGGCUCAGCGCAGCCGCCGCCCGCGGGAGUCGUCCCGGGACCCGGCACAGGUUGAAGGACUAUGGAGGCUAACAUCAAGUUGACCAUCGGCAUUGUUUGCAGCAGCUUUGUCAUUUUCCAGCUUCUUUUCCAUUUUGUAAGUUACUGGUUCUCAGCAAGAGUUUCUUCAGGUUAUAACAGUCUUAGCAUCGACAAGAAGAUUGAAUGGAACUCAAGGAUAGUAUCUACGUGCCACUCUUUGUUGGUUGGGAUUUUUGGCUUGUACCUCUUCUUCUUUGAUGAGCCUACUAUAGCUGAUCCGCUCUGGGGUGAUCCAACGUAUGUGAACAUAAAUAUUGCAACUGCUUCAGGCUACCUCAUUUCUGAUUUAUUGAUUAUACUUUUUAAUUGGAAAGUGAUCGGUGACAAAUUUUUUAUAGCUCAUCAUUGCGCUGGACUAACUGCAUACUACUUUGUAUUGACAUCUGGAGCGCUUGCAUACAUUGCCAAUUACCGCCUGCUUGCUGAGCUUUCCAGCCCCUUUGUAAACCAGAGGUGGUUCUUUGAAGCCCUGAAGUACCCCAAGUUUUCCAAAGUCAAUGUCAUCAAUGGAAUUCUUAUGACAGUGGUCUUUUUCAUCGUGCGGAUCCUUGCGAUACCUCCAAUGUAUUUCUUCCUUUACUCCGUGUAUGGAACAGAACCCUACAUAAGGUUUGGAUUUGCAAUCCAGUUUGUCUGGAUCUCUACUUGUCUUGUUUUAGAUGUGAUGAAUAUCAUGUGGAUGAUCAAAAUCACAAAAGGAUGCAUCAAAGUCGUCUCUCUCAUCAGACAAGAGAAAGCCAAGAAUAGCCUUCAGAAUGGGAAACUCGAUUAAAGGCGUGCUUCUUCAGACACCUUGUUUCCAUAAGCCAUCUUCAUUCCUCUGUGUCCUGUCUGAUAAGAUGAGCUCCUGCACCGCUGUUAGGCAGGACUGUGCCUCACGGGUUCAGUGUUUUCUUUCCUCUUUUCUUUAAUCUCUAGACAAGAGAAAAUAAAAUUGUAGUCUUCACCCUAGGA